CGGCUAUCCCCCUUUCAAAGGCCGUUGCCGACAGCGGGAACAGUUACGAGCUCGAGAGGCAAAAACUACACACUGUAAUGUGUAACUGAUACGCUUACUGACGAUGUGCCUGCAAACAAAGCAAUAGUAUUGGUGGCAAUCUGUCACCACCUAGAUGGCCACUACGACCUGCUCAUGCUCCCAGGCUUCCGUCAAGCGCCAUGACACUAUGUCAAGUAUUUGGCUGGAUGGGUGAGGCUGUUGUUAACUACGCCGAAGCGUCUGUCUUUUUAAUGCCCGCGAAGCUACAAACGGUAGGUCAAUCCCUUGUGAGGGACUCACUUCUGAACCGACCAUCUUCGUACGUGGUCGAAAUGUGAAGCAACUCAUGCCUCGACAGCCUUAGCUUUGCUUUGGCAACUGAGGGACAGUCCAUGUCUCUUUCGGUAUCCGUCGAAUCUUUUUUGGCAAAGAACAGACUUAUUACAUGAUCACGAUUAAGCCGGAGCGUCAACUGCCAUCCCUCCGUCGAAAGGUGGAGGGUGCAUAGUCGAAGCUUGACUUUGUUGGUCGGACAGUUUUGUAAACCAGUAGUUUGUUAACAAAGAUAAAAUUCAUAAUGCUCUAUGGAAUAACCAACGCCCGCAAUGUAAAGAACCAAAAAAAAACGUAUCCCAAACGCCAGCGGCGUGUCCCGUUACACAACAAGACACGGCAUACUUUUUGUCUUGUGCCCCUUCGUCUAUUUGAGAAUUGUGUGAGCUCCGCGAGCCUCGAGGUACAACUCCGCUGUUGAUUGCGGUACAGAUCGGAUAAAUCCAAAGAUCUCCUUGUUAUGAUAUCGCAAUCGGCUCUUUGGAUCCAUGUAAGGACCUGGCAAACCGGUGACGUCGCAGUAGUGCUUGGGAUGCGCAAGCGACGGCGCAGAUUCGAUGUUUGUGUAUGUAGCAGACGGCGCGCUGCCAGCAAUACCUGGAGGCUUAAGAGACUUUUCCAAAACCAGCUUCGAUAGGCUCUGUGAUGCUUGUGCUAAGUUAGGUUGAUCUCUGCCGUUGCUGCUCAUUGCUGGUGUCGUAGUACCGCUCGUGGAUAGGCCGCCAUCAGCUCCUGGAGUAACAUUGCCGCUGCCAUCUUGGGGAGUAGCCAUAGCAGAGGCUUCUCGUUUUGUCGCAUCGCCAACAAUGGCUUUGAGGUUCUUGUUUCGGCGCUGGUUUGGUUUCCAGUUGGCGCUUCGGAACGACUUGUGGAUGGCGUGAGUGUCGAGCUUCUCCAGCAGCUCGAUGUGCUCGAUCUGGGCUUCGGUAAGAGCAGCCAUGUCGUCCGCUUGCGAUUAUUUGAUCGAUUGUCUUUGAUAGUUUUGCUACACAAGGUGGUAGAGAUGGGAUCAACGUCGAUGCGACAACAUGUCGUUGGAGCGGGCGACUGACUGCCGGCUGGGUCUGGGUUCUGCCGGAGCUCACCGCGCCGCGUUUCCAACUACUGGGCGUGGAGCACGCGCUUGAUGACAGCCGCCCUUUCCAGUGCGCACUUACAUUACGACUCUUGUACCGCACUUGCACAACUCAAAUUUAAAUCAAGACAAAAAUGGAAAGCCCCCACGCACAUCAGCAGAACCUGUUGCUGUCGCGUAUCAUCACAAACGUCGAGAAGCUAAAUGAGGCUGUUGUUGUCAUGAACAAAAGUUUGCAGGACAUCAACAUCCAGAACAUGAACGUCGAACUGGUUGCACAAAUGUUCAAAAACUACCAGUCCAAUGUUCUAUUCCACUUGGAAGCUACGGAUAGCCUCAAGCCGCCGGCAUAAUGGUCUGGCACCAGCCCAGCAUGACGCACGUUCACGACCCUAAGUCCUUACCGAUGAUAUGAAUUUUAUGACUUGUAAUUUUUUAUAUAAAUUAAUGAAGUUAUUUGAAACAAGAUAUAAUUUUACAAUAAUUUCUUUGAUACUUACUACCCG